AUGAGAACUACUGAAGAAUCAGAAAGUUUAUGGUGUUUUUCAUUUGUUCAACAAUUAAUUAAUAAAUAUUUUCAUUGUCAAACUAUGCAAUCACAUGAGAAAUUUAUAACUUUAAAGGAGAAUAAUACAAGUGUACAUUAUAGAAGACAAUCAUUGAAUGAUAGUGAUAAUAAUAAUGACCAAUCAAAAAAUUCAAUACGAAAAUCCAAUACAAUGUUUUUAUCAACUAGUAAAAAUCAAAUUCAACUACAACCGAUACUUCAUUGUAAUACAUUAGCAUCGAGUAGUUUUUCACAAACGAAUAAAUCUUGUACGCGUGAAUUAGAUUUUCCACAAAUUUGGAAAUGUCCUCAAUGUUCAACUGAAUUACAAUUGGCAAAAAUACAAAACACACCAGAAAUCACGUCACAUCAUCAUCGACAAAACAAAGGAAUUCGUACAAAUCCUUGGAUUAGUUAUCCUAGACUAGAGAUGAAACAGUCUAAACCACCAUUGCCUACGACAUCUUAUUCCAUUAGUAGUUCAUUAACAGACAGUGGUAUUUAUUUGUGUACAGAUAGUGGUUCACGUUGUGAUUAUAUCACUCGAUCAAUCACUGAGACUGAAAUUCAUAAAACUAAUUAUUUUCAUGUACAGAAGAGCGAUAUUCCUAUUAUACCUAUCUCACCUGAUCCUCCUCCAUCACCUGCACCUAAAUGUACACAAUGUAUUAUUAGUCCAGAAUGUUUAGAGCAUACUAGUUUGUCGAUUGAAGCGAAAGAAAAUCACCUCUUAUUGAUUAAUUCGAAAAAAACAUGUAAAGGAUUUAGUAGAUCAGCAACAUUUGAUUUAUCUAAUUUAAUUAGUGAUGUUAAUGAAUCAGUCAAUAGACCAAGAAGGCGAUUAUUAAGUAGAAGAGUUCGAAAUCAAAUGAGGAAUUCAUCGUUACAAGCUACUACACCAGGAUUAACAAAUUUACCGUGUUUGUCAUCAUCGUUACAUUUGAAUGCAUCUACAUCAUCAUCAUCAUCAUCAUCUUCAUCAUCUUCAUCGUCAUCAUCAUCAUCAUCCUCAUCGUCAUGUAAAUCAACAUUGUCUGAACAGAAAACUACACUGUCAGCUGAUGAAACAAUAUCGUCGGGUAAAAAUCGAACUCAAAACUCACCAAGUAGAAAAAAAUCAGGCACAUUUGAUUGCCUUGACAAUAAUUCUAAUAUUUGUUUUAAUAAAAAUAUUAAUCUUUUUGAAUCACAAACAAUUGUAGACAAUGAACUUAAUCGAUCAAUGAUCAACUCAAUGAUACAAAACAUGGCACCAGAAUUGUUUGAAUCAAUCCACUUGAAUAAUGGAAUGAAUUUUUCAACUAUUUAUCAUAAUAAUAUUGAUAAGAUAGAUGACAAUUUAUGCGAUGAUAUACAGCUGGAAAAUUUACGAACAAAUUUAAAAAUUCUCUCAGAAGCAAAAAAUGUGAUCAAUAUGCAAAUGAGAAAUUUAGGUCAAAAUUAUAUUAAUUAUUUAAAGAGUAAAUAUUUGAUUAGUACAGGGCAAGAUCAAUAAGUAGUGAAUAAAUGAUGAUGAAUUCGUUGUUGAAAAAUUGAAAUUCUCAAACUUGUUGCAGAGAGAGAAAUCAAUUUUAAAAACUAUUGAGGUGCAGAUUUAUAUAUAUUCUAUGACCGAAAUUGUAAGGGAAAUAUUACUCCAAGGUACUACUAAAUGAAGUAGUGGUUAAUUCAUGCAAAUCAGUAUUUUUGCAAUUAUUUCACAUGACAAGCCAAAUAUAUAUGUAAAAUAAUCAUGAACAUAUUGAAACAUUGUUCAAUUGUGACAUGCUCAAGAUAUUGAUUACGAUUUUGAAAUAUUUUUUAUACAAUUACUGUAGAAUCAAGCAGAACAUAUAUUUGAAGGCGGAAACAAUGUCAGCUGUAACAUAUCAGUUUAAUUUAAGCAGAAAAUGAGGAUUGGUCUUCCAGUGGCGAAAGACAAAAUGUUUAUUUUGUGUGUACACACUAUAAACGGAAG